UUGCGCGUCGCAAGGAAGUCCGUCACCGCCGAAGCUUUACCUGGAUCUGCGAAGCUAUCACGGUUCUGAUCGGUUCUGUUUUUGUUUGGAUUUGAAUCCAGAAUCUAAGCAACGGUCUCCGAACCAUUUAGCGGCAAAUAAACCGUGCGCAGAUUGUAAUCGUCACUAUACGAUUAUCGGAAAUCAUUGAGCAAAAGUAAAGUUUCGGGUCGAGAUGAGUGUGGAGGCGUACGGGCCGAGCUCUCAGACCCUCACCUUCCUGGACACCGAGGAAGCGGAGCUGCUUGGAGCGGACACACAAGGCUCCGAGUUUGACUUCACUGACUUCACUCUUCCCAGCCAGACGCAGACUCAAGGCCAGACUCCGAGCCAACUGGACAGCCAGCAGGUCAAUGGACCGGACGAGGGUCUGCUCAACGGGGGAUUGGACGAUUCUGUGGCCAAGACCAGUCAGUUCUUGGGCGAACUGAACUUUGAAGAAGAUGAGGAAGAUGCGUACUACACCAAAGACCUGCCUGUGCAUGCUUGCAGCUACUGUGGUAUUCAUGACCCAGCGUGUGUGGUGUACUGUAAUACCAGUAAGAAGUGGUUCUGUAACGGACGUGGCAACACAUCUGGCAGCCAUAUUGUGAAUCACAUGGUGAGGGCCAAAUGCAAAGAAGUGACGCUGCAUAAAGAUGGACCGCUGGGUGAAACGGUUCUGGAGUGCUACAACUGUGGCUGCCGCAACGUCUUCCUUCUGGGCUUUAUCCCUGCCAAAGCCGAUUCUGUGGUGGUUCUCCUCUGCAGGCAGCCCUGUGCUAGCCAGAGUAGCCUAAAGGACAUCAACUGGGACAGCUCCCAGUGGCAACCACUGAUUCAGGACCGCUGUUUUCUGUCCUGGCUGGUGAAGAUCCCAUCGGAGCAGGAGCAGCUGCGAGCUCGUCAGAUCACCGCUCAGCAGAUCAAUAAGCUGGAGGAACUCUGGAAGGACAAUCCCACCGCUGCACUGGAAGACCUGGAGAAGCCUGGCGUGGACGAGGAGCCCCAGCAUGUGCUGCUGCGUUAUGAGGAUGCUUACCAGUACCAAAACAUCUUUGGUCCUUUGGUCAAGCUGGAGGCUGAUUAUGACAAGAAGCUGAAGGAGUCACAGACUCAAGACAACAUAACAGUCAGGUGGGACCUGGGGCUGAACAAGAAGCGCAUUGCAUAUUUUACACUGCCCAAGACAGACUCUGAUAUGCGCCUAAUGCAAGGUGAUGAGAUCUGCCUGCGUUACAAGGGAGACCUGGCGCCUUUGUGGAAGGGCAUCGGCCAUGUCAUCAAAGUCCCUGACAACUAUGGGGAUGAAAUUGCUAUUGAAUUGAGGAGCAGCGUUGGAGCUCCUGUGGAAAUCCCACAUAACUUCCAGGUGGACUUUGUGUGGAAAUCCACCUCCUUCGACAGGAUGCAGAGUGCCCUGAAGACCUUUGCUGUUGACGAGACAUCGGUCUCUGGCUACAUUUAUCACAAACUUUUGGGCCACGAGGUGGAGGACGUUACCAUCAAGUGCCAACUGCCGAAGCGUUUCACCGCUCAGGGCCUUCCUGACCUCAAUCACUCGCAGGUCUACGCAGUAAAGACAGUGUUGCAAAGGCCUCUGAGUUUAAUCCAGGGUCCUCCUGGCACUGGGAAAACUGUCACUUCUGCCACAAUUGUGUACCACCUAUCCCGUCAGGGCAACGGGCCAGUCCUGGUGUGUGCUCCAAGUAACAUAGCUGUAGAUCAGCUCACUGAAAAGAUUGAUAAGACUGGUCUGAAGGUUGUCAGGCUGUGUGCUAAGAGCAGAGAAGCCAUCGAGUCACCAGUGUCUUUCCUGGCUCUCCACAACCAGAUCAGCAACAUGGACAGUAUGCCAGAGCUUCAGAAACUGCAGCAGCUGAAGGAUGAGACUGGAGAGCUGUCGUCUGCAGAUGAGAAACGUUACAGGGCUCUGAAGCGCACAGCUGAGAGGGAGCUGCUCAUGAACGCUGAUGUGAUUUGUUGCACCUGUGUCGGGGCUGGGGAUCCCCGUUUGGCCAAGAUGCAGUUCCGCUCCAUCUUGAUUGAUGAGAGCACCCAGGCCACCGAGCCGGAGUGUAUGGUGCCGGUGGUGCUGGGAGCCAAACAGCUCAUUCUUGUCGGGGACCACUGCCAGCUGGGUCCUGUGGUGAUGUGCAAGAAGGCAGCAAAGGCGGGCCUGUCUCAGUCUCUGUUUGAAAGACUGGUGGUUCUGGGAAUCCGGCCAAUCCGCCUGCAGGUCCAGUACCGCAUGCACCCGGCUCUCAGCGCCUUCCCCUCCAACAUUUUCUAUGAGGGCUCGCUGCAGAACGGUGUCACUGCAGCUGAUCGCAUCAAGAAAGGCUUCGACUUCCAGUGGCCUCAGCCAGAUAAACCCAUGUUCUUCUAUGUGACUCAGGGUCAGGAGGAAAUUGCCAGCUCUGGAACCUCCUACCUUAACAGGACUGAGGCUGCAAACGUUGAGAAAAUCACCACCAGGCUGCUGAAGGCAGGAGCCAAACCCGAUCAGAUCGGCAUCAUCACCCCUUAUGAGGGCCAGCGCUCCUACCUGGUCCAGUAUAUGCAGUUCAGUGGCUCCCUGCACACCAAACUUUAUCAGCAAGUGGAGAUUGCCAGCGUGGACGCCUUCCAGGGCAGAGAGAAGGAUUUCAUCAUUCUGUCUUGUGUUCGUGCAAAUGAGCACCAGGGCAUUGGUUUCCUGAACGACCCUCGUCGUCUCAACGUUGCGCUGACCAGAGCCAAGUAUGGGGUGAUCAUUGUGGGGAACCCCAAAGCCCUGUCUAAACAGCCUCUGUGGAACAACCUGCUGAACAACUACAAGGAGCAGAAGGUUCUGGUGGAGGGGCCCCUCAACAACCUCAGAGAGAGCCUCAUGCAGUUCAGCAAACCCCGUAAACUUGUCAACACCAUCAACCCCGGGGCUCGUUUUAUGAGCACUGCCAUGUAUGACGCUCGAGAGGCUCUCAUCCCUGGAUCUGCAUACGAUCGAAGCAGCACUGCUGGACGUCCGUCCAACAUGUACUUUCAAACACACGACCAGAUUGGAAUGAUUGGGGCGGGCCCAGGUCACAUGGCCGCUAUGAAUAUCCCCAUACCGUUCAACCUGGUGAUGCCCCCAAUGCCUCCCCCAAGUUACUUGGGUCAGGCGAACGGCCCUGCUGCAGGCCGUGGGGCUAUGAAAGGGAAGCCCGGGCGCAGCGGGCGGCAGAGGGUCCGCGGCAUCGGGAACCAGGGUCCCGGGCAGGUUAACGGACCAAACAGCCAGGUCAGCCAGGAUGGGGCCUCCCAGUCUUUCUCUCAGGGGCCGUUGACCCAGGGCUACAUCUCCAUAAGCCAGCCCUCUCAGAUGAGCCAGCCCGGCCUCUCCCAGCCCGAGCUGUCUCAGGACAGCUAUCUGGGUGAUGAGUUCAAGUCCCAAAUCGACGUGGCCCUGUCCCAGGACUCGACCUACCAGGGCGAACGUGCGUACCAGCAUGGCGGAGUGACCGGACUGUCACAGUACUAAAGUGUUGGCUGAAGAAGGGAGCUAGGCUGGAGCUGAGCUUAGUUCAUCAGCUUUUAAAUCUGGGAAAAAAUAAAAACAUAAAAUGGAUACCUGUUUUCCUCUGCUACAUCCGAAGCACCACCAAGUGAAAGCGACGGGAUAGCGAAACCAAACCAAUGACCAGCGAGCGAAAUAAGAGGGUAGAAGAAGAGAGCACUAACCGAUGCGCAUGGAGAUGGAAGGAGAGGCCGCGUGAACAAGCGAAAGGCAGGAAGCGAUGCCCGUGGGUAGUGAUGGAAGGAGGUCGAGAAGAUGGCGGCGUCUGGUCGGGCUGCUGAGGGAAACGUGAGAGAUCAACAGUCUCUGAGAAUCCAAAAGAGGUUCAGUCCCAAAGAAAAUGAUCCAUGCAACAAUGCCCCCCACACACAGUCCCUGUGAAGGCUUUAGUCCAGUUUACUCGUCGUCCGACGAGAAUCGAGGCUUUUCAGCGGAAUCUGAAGAAUUCUUUCUCCAAACCUGGACAGAAAUGUGUGCGGGAAGCUUUCAAGCAUUCAGCACAGACAAAAAUACAAGUCCCCCAUGCUGGAUGUGGGUUGUCUGAUCAACCCGAACAACGUCCAAGACUCUUAAAAUUAGGUUAAUCGUGGGAAGUAAUGUUCACCCGGGCCCUGACUCCUCGGCAGCCUACGAAGGAAGCAGCGGUCGACAAACCUUCUGAGAGAGGAAACAAAAACGCUGGUUUCUGUGCUCGAGUCUGAUGUUGAAAUACCUUUCACUUGCCUUGAGAACCACUGGCUCAACCACAAGGUUUUCAACGGGGUGGUUUCGACCACGUCAGAGGUGGAAAAGUGUGUGGAUUUCAGACGUUUUUGUUUUUUUUUCCUUCUUUUCAAGGCAUGAGAAUCCGCAAUAUCGCAAUCCUCAUGGGACAGUUUUUCCUCUCUGGAGUAUCUUUCUUAUCACAGAGCACAAAAUUGCAAAAAACAAAAAAAAAAAGUUGGAACUCAAACAUGACCAGCGGAGAACAUCCAACCAUUUGAUGUUUCUGCCUAGCCUUUUUUCUUAUUGCAAUCUGUCUAAAGUCAGAAACUGGCAUCUUUCUCUUGUUUUUUUUGUUUUAUUUUUUUGACUUUUUUAGCACGCUAUAUGCUUAUAAGCAGAUGCUUAAAUGUUUUACACCUUGUGGUUCCUGUGGGAAUCGCAGACUGUCCAUAAACCAUCGAACGAGUCGCAGGGAAAGUAAAGGAUUAUGGGGGUUGAGGCCCUUGUGGCAGUCGAUUCACAAAGAAGUGGAAAAGGAAGGUGGCUGGGACAGAGAGGGGGUGUGACCUCAGUCAAAGGCAGCGGGUAACCACGCAGAGUGAAGGGCGUGGCAUUUGGACCCUAACGGUCUGGGCAGAUUAGCUCGCUAAUGCGAAACUAGUCUUUUUGUUUUGUUUGUUUGUAAGUAGUUGUUGCAUCAGUCCAACAACCAGGCAAAAGGCAGGAGGAAAAUGUGAAAGUCAACAAAGCUGGUUGGCGUGGAAUGCUCAGGAAGUGCCGUCAGCAGACACCAGGCGACGGCGGUGAACGCAGAAACCAGAAUUAGUGCCUAUAACCGGUCAACCAUCAGAGAAACGCCUGCAGCACAAGCAUGAAUGUAGUUGGAACCAGCAAAUAAAAGCUCCCAGACACCCAAAGGGACGGAGAAAACCAAUGAAGAGGAUUUUUUGUUAAAAGAUGGGAUUCCAUUUGGUUAAUUUAAGAGCUGGGAUGAGGGGAAAAAGCCACCUUCCUUCUCUGUGGAGUGAAGACCGGCUGGUCGAACAGAUUUGACCCUCAGUGGAUGUUUUGGUUUGUGCAAAGCUGUUUUGCCUGCAUUAUGUUUUCAGUUGAACUCCUCUUGAGAUCUAUGACGCUAACAUUUCUUGGACAACUGUGAACCAGAACCCUGAGCUCCUCUAGAUUAAGCUUCUGUCACGUUUGCCUCAGCAAACGUGGGCGUUACUUGGGACAUUUAGUGUAAUUUUACUAUAACCUGUCUUUUUGUAGCAACUUGCCGAUAAACGGGAAAGAGGCGCGGGCCAUUUCCUUUCUUCACAAAGACUUUUGUACUUUCCUCAAACUGUCCGAGGGAUUGUAGUUUUGUAACUCUUCAAGGAGAGACACUUUCUGAACACAGUACGAAUGUAAGUCCUCAGUGUAUCUCACCUGCUUCUCAUUUCUGCAGAUUUGUGACAAUCCUGUUUCACAUAGAUGUCUCCACCUUUAAUUGACUUGGCUCUGUUUGUUUGACAUUGUGGAAAAUCUCAUGUGCUUUCAGUUUUAAUGUAUCGGCCUGCUCCACUAAACUAAUGUUCUAGCUUUAAACAAGCCCUCAAUCACAUUGCUUUGAUGUGUUCCCAUCUUCUGAGCCACAACUGAUUGCAUUGUGCAGUGAAUAUUAUAGAAGUAAUUCCGUUGUUUUGUCGUUCAGGUUUGCAUUACAAAUUACUAAUUCUGUCAUCAAACCAGAUUAAAUUGAUGGAUUAGAUAUGUCAGUGUGAUGUGAAUACAUAUUUGCAACAAAUCUUAUUUGCAGUGAAACAUCACUGAUGAUUCCCUUAGAAAACCAAAUCAAUAAAAGUUUUCAAUUUCA